UUGUGCAUAGUGUAGACGGCAUUCUCCAAGAACGCUACAAUUCUAUAAAAAGGUAAGCAGGUGCAAGCCGCAAAAGUGCAGUCUCACUUUUUCACAACAACGAGUGCGUUCGUAAAAUUUCUAACAUUCUUCCAACAGAGUAAAGCAUAUUUAACCGUAAAGUGCCAGAGAGUUCGUGUAGCAAAAAGCAUCGGGCAAACGAAGACAAAAUGGUUCGUAGAUUUGGCGUCGCCAUCGCUCUGUUGGCGUUGGCCGCUUUCGGAAAUGCCGAUUUCGUAAGGGUGGCCUUACACAAAGCCCCGUCCGCUCGCGAUCAUUUCCGUAGCGUCGGUACCGAGAUUAAGCAGCUCCGUCUGAAGUAUGGAGACACGGCCAGCCCGGUGCCGGAACCGCUGUCCAACUAUCUCGAUGCUCAAUACUUUGGCGCUAUCUCGAUCGGAACACCGCCGCAAAGCUUCAAGGUAGUGUUCGAUACGGGUUCCUCCAAUCUGUGGGUACCGUCGAAGCAGUGUUCGUUCACGAACAUUGCCUGCCUGAUGCACAACAAGUACGACGCGAAGAAAUCGUCCACGUUCGAGAAGAAUGGCACCGCGUUCCACAUCCAGUACGGUACCGGCAGUCUGUCGGGCUAUCUGUCCACCGACACCGUCACCAUGGGCGGAAUCCCGAUCGAAAAGCAAACGUUUGCCGAAGCCAUCCAGGAGCCGGGACUGGUGUUUGUGGCGGCAAAGUUUGACGGUAUCCUCGGGCUGGCGUACAAAUCCAUCUCGGUCGACGGUGUAACGCCCGUUUUCUACAACAUGUUCAACCAGGGCAAGAUUGAUUCGCCGGUCUUUUCGUUCUACCUGAACCGUGACCCGAGCGCACCGGAGGGUGGUGAAAUCAUUUUCGGUGGAUCCGACUCCAAGCACUACACCGGUGACUUUACGUACCUGAGCGUGGACCGCAAGGCGUACUGGCAGUUCAAGAUGGAUUCCGUUUCCGUGGGCGACAGCCAGUACUGCAACAAUGGGUGUGAGGCAAUCGCCGAUACCGGUACCAGCUUGAUCGCUGGACCGGUUGCUGAGGUGACGGCCAUCAACAAAGCUAUCGGUGGCACCCCGAUCAUGAACGGAGAGUAUAUGGUCGAUUGCUCGCUGAUUCCCAACCUGCCCAAGAUCACGUUCACGCUCGGAGGCAAACAGUUCACGCUGGAAGGGGCCGACUACAUUCUGCGCAUCGCUCAAAUGGGUAAGACUAUCUGCCUGUCCGGAUUUAUGGGCAUCGAUAUUCCGCCCCCGAACGGACCGCUGUGGAUUCUGGGCGACGUUUUCAUCGGCAAGUACUACACCGAGUUCGACAUGGGUAAUGAUCGUGUCGGAUUUGCUACCGCCAUUUAAAGCAGGUGCCUAGACUAAGAGAAACCAAAAGAGAGAAGAUGUGUUGGACUACAGGGCUCGAUUGUUAGAUUCCGAGCGCCUGAGGAUGGGAAGCUCAAUUGUGGGAUGGUACGAAGUAAUACAUGUAACGUGUUUAAACGAACUCUGUUGAAUAAAUACGAAACGUGGGAAUUUGAACCCUAGCCAAAAA